AUGCUUUCUGGAGCCGAGUCGAGUUCUUUGGUCGGCGAGGAGCGUGAACUGCGACAAGUGAAUCGGUGGGCGUCCACUGUGUGCGAGGUGCGGCUUCUUUCCAGUGCACUGGUCUUGUUUGAAAUGGAGCAAGGCGAAGGCGGCGCCAGCAGAAGGCUUUUGUGCGCCGUGAAGAACGUCCACUGGAACGCUCUUUUGGAACAGUACGUGGUAGCAUAUGUUCUCGCUGUCCAACCCUGUCAGGACGUGUCUGAUAUGCUUGUUGAUGGCGAAGACCAAGACUCUGCGACUCCGCGGAUUUGGCUUGUUUGCCGAACCGCGCCGACGCCGUCUUGCGAAAAUGUGGGGAGGCAGUCAGUUGCUCGAUGCAUGCAUCUGGGCGAACCUGCUGCGGAUAUCUGUUGGAAGUACAUGCGCCGGGAUACUUGGGCUCCGACUGUGUGCAAGUGGCACGAGUUUCUGGUCGCCAAGACCCAGUUGUAUGCUCCGUCGCCCCAGAUGUCAUUGGAGAUGCUCGACGAAGCCAUGAAGUACAUAGAAAUUCGGCCUGGGCAGAGGGGCUUUUUAAACAAACCUGCCUACAGCUCAGACGUGCGCGCCUACACGCGCAAGACGGCCAGAGCCGAUGCAGUCACGCGAGAAGAGCACGAAGCCGCUGGGAAUGCUUGUGGCCAGCAGCUCUGCGGCAAGAGGCGGAGAAACCUGCCUUCUUUUCAGCACAAGCCCUUGACCGUCGCUGUGCUGGUUAUCAAAGUGUUAGAGAAUCGGGUCUUGCUCCAGAACCUGCACGUCCUCUUGCCGUUGAAGCGUUGCCGACUGGAGGGGUGGCGACCUGAUGGAGUCGAGGCUACGAUGUUGCCGGAGUUGCCAAAAGCCUGUGAGGCAACUUGGGAGGGCACCAUGAAGUUUGCAGCGCACCGCCUGGUCGUGAGCCUGGCUCCAUGCAUCCCUGAGGAAUGCUUCGACGUGACAGACGAGGAAAGCUAUGGGUUUGUGGCGGACGAGCUGCACAACGUGGUUCAUGGCCUUCUUGCUUGGCUGACGCCCCGAGCAGGUCCUUUCGAUACAUUGUCUUAUGGCAAGAGAGGGUUGCAUUGGAGCGUUUCCUGGAACUGGCGAGGUUUUAGUAUGUCGGAGUCAGAAAUGAAGGCUGCCACGGUGCAAGCCGUGUCGAUGACGUUCGUGCACAUGCGCUAUUUGACAGCGUACGUGCGCUUCCUGAAAGCGCAACAGUUGGUGGCGAAGGAUGAAGCUGCUGUUGUAGCUGCUGUGCAGACUUAG